CAUAAGGGAAAAAAAAAGAGUCACUUUUUUCCUCCACCACCAAAAUCCCCUCCGCCACCACAACACAACACCAAUUCGAUCCCCCUCUUUGUUCCCAAUUCCACGAAAAACUCUUCUCUACUUCCCCAUGCCCCGACUCAUUCCCCUCCUCCUCCUCCUCCUCCUCCUCCUCCUCCUCUCCAUCUCCAUCUCCUUCGCGUACCCCCUCAGAACCCCGCGAUCCCUCGCGCCCUUCGCGCGGCGGCUGCGGCCGCGGGCGCCCGCCAACUACGACUACGAGACGCGCUUCUUCCAGCAGCGGCUGGACCACUUCAGCUUCGCCGACCAGCCCCCGUUCCAGCAGCGCUUCCUCGUCGGCUCCGCCACCGCGGGCUGGGGCCGCGGCGACCCCAUCUUCUUCUACUGCGGCAACGAGGGCGACAUCGAGUGGUUCGCCGCGAACACCGGGUUCGUGUGGGAGUUCGCCCCCCGCUUCUCCGCCCUCGUCGUCUUCGCCGAGCAUCGUUACUAUGGAGAGUCAAUGCCUUUUGGCAGCAAAGAGAGAGCAUAUAAAGAUGCUGAAUCAUUAUCAUACCUCACAGCCGAGCAAGCUCUCGCCGAUUAUGCAAUACUGUUAACUGAUCUGAAAAAGAACUUAUCAUCAGAAAACAGCCCUGUUGUUCUUUUCGGAGGCUCUUAUGGUGGAAUGCUAGCUGCUUGGAUGAGACUGAAGUACCCACAUAUUGCCAUCGGGGCUCUUGCAUCUUCUGCUCCCAUUUUACAAUUCGAAAAUAUUGUCCCCCCUGAGACGUUCUAUGAUCUUGUGUCAAAUGAUUUUAAGAGGGAAAGCGUGAGCUGCUUUAAAGCCAUAAAAGAAUCUUGGGAUGCAUUGGAAGCCCAAGGGAAGGAGCAUAAUGGCCUUCUCAAAUUAAGUAGAACCUUCCGACUUUGCCAGAAUCUGAACAACACAGAUGCCCUCUCGGACUGGUUAGACUCUGCAUACAGCUAUCUGGCUAUGGUCGAUUACCCAUAUCCUUCGGAUUUUUUGAUGCCUUUGCCUGCCUACCCGAUAAAGGAGGUAUGCAAAAAAAUCGACAAUUAUGCUGAGGGGACAAGUCUUUUAGAGCGUAUAUAUGCAGGAGUAAAUAUCUAUUACAACUACACGGGAACUGUCGAUUGCUUUGAUUUGGAGGAUGAUCCUCACGGAAUGAGUGGUUGGGGCUGGCAGGCUUGUACUGAGAUGGUUAUGCCCAUGUCUUCAAGCGAAGAAAAUAGCAUGUUCCCUGCCUAUAAUUUCGAUUUUGCUGCUUACGGAGAUGAGUGUGUUGAGAGCUAUGGUGUUAAACCGAGGCCUCGAUGGAUCACUACCGAGUUCGGUGGCCAUGACAUUAGUAAGGUCUUGGAGAAAUUCGGAAGUAAUAUCAUAUUCUCUAACGGACUCCUGGAUCCUUGGAGCGGUGGAAGUGUACUGCAGAACAUCUCAGAUAGCAUCAUUGCGCUCGUUACUCCACUAGGAGCGCACCACAUCGACUUACGUCCUUCGACUAACAACGACCCCGACUGGUUAGUUAAACAGAGAGAAUCCGAAAUCAAUCUCAUACAAAGUUGGAUAUCUGACUACUACCAGGGGAAGAAGGGUGCUUCUAACUCCAUGUAGUGCUGACGGUCUCCUAAGAUUUGUUGUAAUCUAACAUGCUAUUUGUUGAACACACUCUUCUGCAAUAGAAAGCACGGCGAAGAUAUAUAAAUAAUCUUCGCAUUUUAUUUUAGUGAAAUGUAUAAGUCACCACGGCUCUCGACUGUUCAUCCUAUCUUUACUUUCAAUUUCCAUUUCGAAACUCGUCAAUGUGGGCGAGAUUUGAUGUGCUCCAGUUAGUGGUUUUUAAGUAUGUAGGAAUUUGUACGGAUGUUGUUUAAAAUGUAAUAUGUUUUUGUUGGCAACUUGGGCCACAAGUUUAAGUAAAUCACGAGAUUUAAUCA